UUUCACUUUUUAAAUGCGCUCAGUACUCUCGCGCCGCGCCACCGAACAGCAGCGCGCGACCCUCUCACUACAGGACUGCGAAAACCAAGACGACAAAGAAACCGAGAUAGCGCAGCACUAACCGUGGACAUCUUCGGAAAGCGUACAUUUUAAAGGCUUAACAGGUGGCUAUAACUGUAACUGAUACAUAAUAAUUUGUCCGCGUGCCAUGAAGAACCUUCUCCCCAAGCUGUGGCUCUUCAUCGUGCUAGUUUUCUUCUUCCCUUUGCUCAAGGCUUCCGAGUAUGAGUACCUUAACUGGAAAUCGGACGUGGUGGGGAACAGUUACGGCAAAAGUCGGCAAUGCAUGGACAUUCCCGAGGACCUGAGGUUGUGUUUUAAUGUCGGCUACCAGCAAAUGUUGCUUCCCAAUUUGCUGGACCAUGAAACCAUAGCGGAGGUGAAGCAGCAAGCGGGCAGCUGGGUUCCUCUGGUGCACAAAGCCUGUCACCCCGUCACGCAAGUGUUUCUCUGCUCGCUCUUCGCCCCCGUUUGCCUUGAGACACCCAUCUAUCCGUGCCGCUGGAUGUGCGAGGAAGUGCGGGACAGUUGUACCCCUAUUAUGGAGGCGUAUGGGUUCCCUUGGCCUGAAAUGCUCACCUGUGACAAGUUUCCCAAUGAGGAUCUGUGCAUUUCCAUGAACAACACCAACAGCAAUGAAACGACCAAACAAGCAGGUGUCUCUCCUGUGUGUCCACCAUGUGACAAUGAGAUGGAUACAGAUGUUAUUCUGGAACACAUGUGUGCCAGUGAAUUCGCAAUCAAGACAAAGAUUAAGGAGGUCAAAAAAGAGAACUUGGACCGAAAAGUCAUUCUGCAGAAAAGGAGGAAGCCAGUGAAGCUUGGAACUCUGAAAAAGCAGGACCUAAAGAAGCUUGUUCUCUUCCUGAAAAAUGGAGCUAACUGUCCUUGCCAACAACUGGAGAACACAGGGAGCAUCUACUUAAUUAUGGGUCGCUGGGUGGGGAAACAGUAUAUUUUGACUGGCAUUCACAAGUGGGACAAAUCUAGCAAAGAAUUUAAGAAGGCCCUUAAGAAAAUCAAAACCCAUAAAUGUCCAGCGUUUGAGUCAGUGUUGUGAGGUUAAUGAUUCACCAAUUUGGAUUUGAUUAUUACUGAAUUGUAAACUCAAUAUAGCAUUGCAUUAUAUUUUGUUUUACAGUACAGCAUACUGUGAAACACAGUUCAUAACUCCUUUUACUUCCAUAAUCAGACAAAAACAGAAUACUCAACUAGGAAAACUAUGGAUUUUUUCCUUCAGGAAUUGAUUGGAUCAUAAAAGUAACACAUAUGAAUCAUUUACAAUAAGGCUAGGAACAUGCAUUAAGAAAGUAAAUAAUGUAUUGUUGACUUGAAGACAAGAACUAUGGUAGUCAAACUACAAUACUGAGAUUAAACCAACAAAACAAAAAUCUAGUAAAUCUUGAGUUAUUUGCCCAAAAAAUGUCUGAACACAUUCUGUAUUAGACAAAAAGUGUUGCUUUAGUUCAACUUUUUAGUUACUUUUUCAAAACAAUUCUAUCAACAUUUAACCAAUCCAAGUAAAAAACACUUACAGUUAUUAACAUUCCAUUAUGCUGCAAGUACCUGCUAUUCAGUCAUACCUUUACAUUCCCGGUUAAUGUUAACUAUUGCAUGAUUUCCACUUUUAUAAACAUUGUUUCUGAAAUAUCUUGACAUUUUAAUGCCGGAUUAAUAUCUAUUAUAGGAUCUGCCUGUUUUAUGUUUCAUAUUAGUCACUACAGCUGUGAGGUCUUAGCCUUUUUUUUUAUUAAAACCAUAAUACAGUACAUGCACAUAUCUGCAGUAGCAGUUGGCUUGCAUUGGAUUUAAAUCACAAAUACUCAUGCAGUGGAAAGUUUCCUCCUAAAAUACAUGAGGAUUUACAAUGCACUGUGACUGCAAUCAUUAAAUCAUUAAAAAGAACAUAUUUUUUACUAUCUUUGACUGCAUUGAUUAUUAAUCAGAAUAGUAGUUUGAGUAGUUGUGACGGUCUUUAAUUUAUACAGUUGUAACAGCAUUAAUUUGCAAGACAAAGUAGUAAUUGUGACCUACCAAGCAGAGCAGCUUCAUAACAAGACUUAUGCAGUUAGAUUACUGCAACAUUACUUGGAAUUGAGAUUGGAUUAGAGAAAUCUCUGACAUGUGUUGUGCGUAAGCAAACAUCCAGCCAAAGUGUUUAUCUUGCGUAUACAAAGUGGAGAUGUUUGUUUUGGAUAAAGAGAUAAAUGUGAAAUGUUUUUCCUCCCAGCUCACCUGAUGAAAUACUGUUUGACCGUACCCUCCUGAUUUUCAUUUUCAGAUGUGGAAAGUUGAGGGGAGUAAAUUAUAUAUUUACCAUCAAAGCCAAAACAUCAGAUGAUAAAUGUCUGUUUUGUCAUUUUUUACCAAAAUACUUUUGGUUCCCCUUCUGUCACUCACUCAACGUUGUGUCGAUGUAGUGACACUAGGGGUCGUACUUGAGAGCCCCGAUCACCUCGGAUCUUUGAGAAAAGGCUAAUGAGAAUUUGCGAGUGGAAUUUGCAUGCCACUCCCCCGGACAUAAGGGUAUAAAAGGGAGCUGUAAUGCAGGAUUCAUUCAGGUUUUGUGCUGAGGAGCUAAGACACGGUCCUGGCCAUUUCAGCAGCUAGAAAAGGCCAAUUCUCAUUGGCCUUUUCUCAAUGAUCCGAGGUGAUUAGGGCUCUCAAGAUCGACCCCUAGUGUCACUACAUCAACACAACGUCUCAUUCCCUCCAUCAGGGAACGGAGUUUAUGACAGUAACCUAGAAGAUUUCAAAUAUAAUCUAUCACAACAAUCACAAUAAUGAUAUUAAAUGCUGAAAGAUGUACAAAUGUAUGCAGCUAAAGGUCUUCCUCAACAUGAGGGUGAGUAUAUGAUGACAGAAUUUUAAUUUUUCUGUGAAAUAUUCCUUUAAAACAAGGCCUCCAUUCAAUAUCGCUUUUGUUUGACCAAGGUAUUUUCUUGAGGAAACAUCUGUGGUGUAAUGCCUGCCAAUAAGUUAUUACCUUGAUACGGUUUAAAGGGUCAUAUCUGUUGCUGAUGAGCUGUGAAGAAAUAUAAGAUAUGUUAUCUACUACUAUCAUGCCACAACAGACACAAAUUCAAAUUAUCUGACUUUGCAGGAAUGCAUACUGCUCCUAAACUGUAUUAAAAUAAGUUGUUUAUUUCCUCACUGUCAUCCAUGUGUUUUAGUGGGAAUCGACUGCAUGUGUUAUCUAGCCAUGAAAGAAGUCAUACAGGAGUCAGUGAAAUUUAAAGUCAGCCAAUUAGAACCGUUGAAAGAUGAUGCCAGAUAACUAAGGACAAACACGUACUCUGCAAACAAUGGAGCUCUGAAGUGUAAUUAUGCAAGACCCAAAGUGGUAGUGCUCAAUAUGUGUGUGGCUUUAUAUCAGACUGAAUAUUGCCUUCGGCACUACACCUGUUUACAUUCCCAGUAUCAUGCACCAUGCAAUCGAGAUACCAUCAUACUCAGAUAAUGCUUUCGAAUGAGUCUGCCAUGAAAUCAUUCUAGACUGAACACAAGUGCUGCUUUAGAAGAGCAUAAUGUGGUCAUGUUAAUAUGUGGAUAAAAUAAUAUUUACUCCAUUCAUGUGUGGAACUAAUCAAUUGUGGUAUUAAAGCUUGUAAUCAAAUUUCCACUUUUCAAAAACAGAGCAAAAUUUUUUAUAUAUCCUGUUUGUCAUUUGUAAAUCUAUAAUUAAGUGCUAAAUUUGACAGUAGUCAAACUCAAAUUUAAAUGUUACUUAAAUAUGUUGUUUGAAACUCCUUUUGUUUAAACAUUAUUGUAAAAUGAACAAUCAAAACAUGAAUGUAAUGUAAUUAACUUACAAUGGAUGUCUAUGAGGAAAGGCCUUGUACCAGAAUAAACAUUGCAAUACACGCUAUUUCAAAAG